CGUGGACAAGCACCCCAUGGAUGGCGUGGUCUCUGGGCUGCCGUGCAGGUCGGAGCAGGGCGAGGAGGUGGCGCGCGAGGGCGUGUUCCAGGCGAUCCAGGACUGCCACCACACCGAGGAGGGCGUGGACCUGCUCGGCUCCGCGCUGGGCAGCCUGGCCCUGCCGCCCGUGGACGGCGUGCCGAGCGCGGGGGCGUGCCGCGCGGCCUGCGAGGGCGAGCCGCGCUGCGGGGCGUGGACGUGGGGCAAGGCUCGCAACACGCGCUGGCUGACGGACGUGUGCUUCCUGAAGGAGGCGAGCAACCUGGGCCAGCUGUUCCGGCUGAACAAGACGGGCGUGGUGUCUGGAUUCCCGUGCCGUGGGCCUCAGGCGUCCCCGACAGCACCCUCCGCGGCGUCUGGCGGCGUCGAGGGCCAUGAUGUAGAGGUGUUGAGCGACUGCAGGGAAGAGGACCCGAACAUCGAUUAUUGGACCAUGGAGAACGUGCGCGUUCUG